CUCAAGUCGACAUUAUUUGUACAGUCUCGAGAAUUUUCUAAUAAACAUCUAUAACAACAUGGCUUCAAAUCUGAACCCACUUGCAGUCUCUGCAUCCAACACAGAAGUGACCCAACAGAUAUCCAAGUCUAUUUCUGAGGGAAUAACCAAUCUGAUCCUGUGGCGCAAUUGGCGAAAGUCGAUGUUGAUAUUCGUAGCCCUCCAGUCCCUAGUCUAUGAUCUAUCAUCUGGGUCGACAAUAUCCGUGGUGAACCUAUGGGCUGUGACUGGCCUAUGGAUAACGAUCAUCUACCGCUUCUAUGUGCGGUUCCUUCAGUGGAUCAAUAAGACCGAUAUCCCCGGAAAUCCCUACCAGAAAUAUCUUGACAUGGAUAUCAGUAUUUCCCCAGAGCAAUCGAAACAGCUGGGAGUCUUGUUCUCGAACAAAAUCGUUUGGUUCCUCGAUAAUCUACGAACGAUUUUAUUAGCAGAGAAUCUAUGGAAAUCGUUCAAAGUGUUCAUCUUUCUAGGUGGCAUGGCCCUGGUUGUGAAGAUGGUAAACUUCACCAUUUUGUUCCAUGUUGGGUUCGUUAUGCUUUUUACAAUUCCCAAAAUUUAUGAAAUGAAACCGCUGCUAAUGAAAUUUCCAAAGUUCCGUAAAAGUAAAGAUCAAGUCAAGUCCACUGAAUUAACUAUUACAUCCAAAACCCAAGUCAAGUUAGACACGAAUAUUUCAAAGAAACCUGUUAAAGAUUUUUGUCAAAUAGUUUUAACGCCGAAAAUUAGGGAAACCUCAUUGGAAUCAGAUGAAACCCAGGAAUCCUGUGUUGCGGACGAUGAUCUUCAAAUGAGUUCAUUAAAACAGUCUGAUAAGGAUUGUGCUAAAAUAUUUUUAGAGCCCUCGUUCGAUACAGAUAAAUCCCAGGAAUCCCUUGUUGGGGACGAUGAUCUUAAAAUGAGUUUACUAAAGCAGUCUGAUAAAGAACUUAAUAAAAUAAGUGCGAAGGUUACGGAAGGAGCAUUCGAUUCAGAUAUAAUACAGGAACCCUGUGUUACGGACAAUGAUCUUACAGACAUGAAAUUAUCAAAGCAGACUGAUAAGGAAUUAAAAAAUAUAAUUGUAAAGGAUGCAGAAGGUAAUAAGUUCGAUUCAGACAAGACUGUGGAAUCCUCUGUUGUAUACGAUGAUCUAACAAUCAUGAAAUCUUCAAAGCAGUCUGAUAAAGAAUUUUAUAAAAUAUUUCUAAAGCCGGAGGAUGCGGAACACUCACUCGAAUCAAAUAUUACCCAGGAUGAUCUUAAAAUCUUAAAAACUGAAGAAGAAGCGUAUGAUGAGUUCGAGCGUCUUGCCGAUUGGGACGAUGAAGACACUCUAAUUGACCCAACAAAUCAAUAAUUCCGCAUUCCAAUCUCUAUCCAUAAAUUUUGCAGCAAAGUGGAAAAUAUAUUUCGAUGGAAUCAAGGUAUUAAGCCGAACUUUUGCUGAAUUAAUUAUGCCGGAAAAUACUAUG